AUGGAUAGCAAUAAUAACCGUCUCUAUCUCAACAUCGGGAACAACGAUCGUCUGGCUCCCGGCAGCGACCGCCAAUACCCAACCACACCCUCCACCUUUCCCCAGCCUGUGUUCCCUCACCAAGGCCAGCAGCAGCAGCAGCAUCACCAGCAGCAGCAGCAACACGCCGGCAUGCAGCACCCUCAGCAGCACCCGGCUCAGCAGCCGCAGCAGCAGCAGCCCUACGCGACCGGUUAUGCUCCCUCGGGCUACUUUCUGCCCAACCAGCAGCAGGGUCAGUAUCCUCCUCAGGCCCACGGCGACUACAAUGCUGCCUACCAGCCCCGAUCCAACACCCCGGGAACCAACGACCCGAAUGUCGGCCUCGCCCACCAAUUCUCCCAUCAGAACCUAGGCGGCGCUGCCCGCGCAUCGCCCUAUGGUUCCCGCGGUCCCUCUCCCGGCCAGCGGCCCCGUACUGCUGGUGCUCCCGGCCAGACUCCCUCCGGAUACGGCCACUAUGCGACUCCCCCUCUCCCUACCCAGCAGAUAACACCUGUCGAUGCCUUUGCCCCGGCCCCUGAGCGCAACUACGAGAAGUACGGCGUCAAUGCCAACAACAACCAGAAGAAGUGUACCCAGCUGGCUUCCGACUUCUUCAAGGACAGUGUGAAGCGUGCCCGUGAAAGGAACCAAAGGUAUGUGACCGACUGUGGAUACAUAUAA